AUGACGCAACAGUGGCUGGCCGCGGCCUCCAAGGCCGUCCGCCGCAGCGUGCGCGCCAGCGCCCACUCGCGCGUGGCGCCCAGCGUGGCGCCGCGCAACGUGGCGGCCCGCUGGACGCGCGCCUUCUCGUCCACGCCGCACCCGAGCGAGACCUUCAUGACGGGCACCAACAACGCCUAUGUGGAGGAGAUGUACUCGAGCUGGAAGUCGGACCCCAAGAGCGUGCACAAGUCGUGGGACGUAUACUUCCGCCAGAUCGAGAGCGGCAGCGUCCCGGGCGAGGCCUUCAUCCCCCCGCCGACCAUCCAGCAGGGCGUCACGCCCGUGCGUUCCGUGGGCGGCGCCGCCGCGUCGUCCACGGCCCAGAACGACGCUCUGGGUCUCAGCUACCUCAUCCGCGCCUACCAGGUGCGCGGCCACGAGGCGGCCAACCUCGACCCGCUGGGUCUGCAGGAGCGCCCCGCGCUGCCGGAGCUGGACAUCCAGAUGUACGGCUUCACGGAGAAGGACCUGGACCGCGUCAUCGCCAUCCCCAAGAACUUCUCGUCGGGUGUGUCGGGCUUCCUGGAGGAGCUGUCUGACGGCAACAACAGCAUGACGCUGGGCCAGAUCAUCCAGCGCCUCAAGGAGACGUACUGCAGCUCCAUCGGCGUGCAGUACAUGCACAUGCUGGACCGCGACCAGUGCAACUGGAUCCGCGCCAAGAUGGAGCACCUGGUGCAGGACGAGGAGUCGAAGGAGAAGAAGAUGCACAUCCUGGAGCGUCUGGCCUUCUCCGUCGUGUUCGAGCGCUUCCUGGGCAACAAGUACAACACGACCAAGCGCUUCGGCCUGGACGGCGCCGAGAGCCUCAUCCCCGGCCUCAAGUUCAUGAUCGACCGCGGCACGGAGCUCGGCAUGGAGCACCUGGUGAUCGGCAUGCCCCACCGCGGCCGCCUCAACGUGCUGUCCAACGUCAUCCGCAAGCCGAUCCAGCAAAUCUUCAAGGAGUUCCAGGGCACGCACAUUGACGUGGAGUCGUACAGCGAGCCCGACGUCGAGGACUGGUCCAACGCGGGCGAUGUCAAGUACCACCUGGGCACGUCCUACGACCGCGCGUACCCGGACGGCCGUCAGGUUCACCUUUCGCUGGUGGCCAACCCGUCGCACCUGGAGGCUGUGGACCCCGUGGUGGUGGGCAAGGUUCGCGCCAAGCAGUUCUACCUGGGCAACGACGAUGAGGCCGAGAAGAAGGUGAUGCCUCUGCUGCUGCACGGCGACGCGGCCUUCAGCGGCCAGGGUGUGGUCUACGAGACCAUGCACCUGUCUGGCCUGGACAACUACGACACGGGCGGUACCGUCCACGUGGUGGUGAACAACCAGAUCGGUUUCACGACCGACCCCAAGAACUCGCGCUCGUCGCAGUACUGCACGGACCUGGGCAAGGCCAUGGACGUGCCCAUCCUGCACGUGAACGGCGACGACCCGCUGUCGGUCGUCAAGGUGUUCGAGUUCGCGGCCGAGUGGCGCCAGAAGUGGCGCUCGGAUGUGAUCAUCAACCUGACGUGCUACCGUCGCUUCGGCCACAACGAAGUGGACAAUCCGUUCUUCACGCAGCCGCUCAUGUACAAGAAGAUCGGCGCGAUGAAGUCGGUGCUCGACACGUACAUUGACCAGCAGGUGGCCUCCGGCUCCGCCACCAAGGAGGAGUGCGACGCCAUCGUGUCCAAGGUCUGGAACUUCUUCCAGACCACGUUCGAGGAGACGGAGAAGUGGGAGGACACCAAGAGGAGCGACUGGCUUGCGAACCGCUGGGACUCGUUCAAGAGCCCCAACCAGCAGUCGCGCAUCCGCCCCACGGGUGUCAGCAUGAACGUGCUCAAGCACGUCGGCGAGAAGAUCAGCACUGUCACGCCGGGCUUCAAGGUCAACCGCCAGCUGGACCGCAUUAUGACGGCCAAGAAGAACACGAUCGAGUCGGGCGAGGGCAUCGACUGGGGUACCGCCGAGGCUCUGGCCUGGGGCACGCUGCUGCUCGAGGGCAACCACGUGCGCAUCAGUGGCCAGGACGUCGAGCGUGGCACGUUCAGCCACCGUCACGCUGUGCUGCACGACCAGGAGACCAACAACGAGUACGUGCCACUGAACCACCUGGCCACCAAGACUAUCCCUUCGGCCCCGCUUGAGUACAAGACCCCUGGCGAUGGCUCCGUCCCGGACACGCAGGCCGAGUUCGUGGCGUCCAACAGUUCGCUGUCGGAGUUCGGCGUGCUGGGCUUUGAGCUUGGUUACUCGCUCGAGAACCCCAACGCCCUGGUGAUGUGGGAGGCUCAGUUCGGUGACUUCGCCAACGGUGCGCAGAUUAUGAUCGAUCAGUUCCUGAGCGCCGGUGAGGACAAGUGGAUGCGCCAGUCUGGCCUCGUGAUGCUGCUGCCGCACGGCUACGAGGGCCAGGGCGCUGAGCACUCGUCGUGCCGCGUCGAGCGCUACCUGCAGAACACGGACGACGACCCGAACGUGGUGCCGCUCAUGGACGAGGAGAACCGCAUGCAGAUCCAGCACACGAACUGGCAGGUGGUGUACUGCUCCACGCCCGCGCAGUACUUCCACGUGCUGCGUCGCCAGAUUCACCGCGACUUCCGCAAGCCGCUGAUCUCGGUGCAGCCCAAGCACCUGCUGCGUCUGCGCCAGGCUUCGUCCAAGCUCGAGGACAUGGCCGAGGGCACGCAGUUCCAGCGCCUGAUCCCGGAGGUGGCGCCGGAGAAGCUGGUCGAGGACGACAAGGUCAAGCGCGUCAUCUUCUGCUCGGGCAAGAUCUACUACGAGCUGGCCCAGGAGCGUGACGAGAAGGACAUCAAGGACGUGGCCAUCGUGCGUGUGGAGCAGAUCGCGCCGUUCCCGUUCGACAAGGUGGCGGAGCAGGCCGCUCGCUACCCGAACGCCGACAUCAAGUGGGUGCAGGAGGAGCCGCUCAACAUGGGCUUCUGGACGUACGUGUCGCCGCGUAUCGAGACGGCGCUCACGCAGCUCAACAGCGACUCGCGCCGGCCGUCGUUCGUCGGCCGCGCCCCCGCCGCUGCGCCAGCCACGGGCUACAACGCUGUGCACCAGAUUGAGCAGGACCGCAUCAUCAAGAAGGCGUUCAAGUUGUAAGUGCCAUUUGGUGCCAAAGGGAAAUAACUCGGCUCGCUGGCUGGUGGCUGCAGCUCGAGCCUGCCAGGCAAAGAGGCUGGAAGUAGACCUGCGGGCCGGUAGAAGGGCUUGGCGUGUUUUGUUAGCUUUGCUGCUUGUGACCAUUUACUUGCCUGAUAAACGAAAAAAAAAGUAAUCAAGAAGGUAAACCACACGCUCUGCUGUAGAUGUUGGCAUCUACGAAAUACAUGUCUUUAAAAAGUC